AUGAAAAAGCCACAGCAAGCGGAUGCUACAAAUAUGAAGAGGACUAUGGGUAGAAGAGGGGAAACAAUAGACAAGAAUAAGAUUCAACAAAAGACAGAAACAAAUUCACUAACUGUUUUACGUCAAGUAAUACAUGAAGUAACUCCUGAUAUAGCAGUAAAAGCAAGACGUGUAGGUGGAUCAACUCAUCAAGUUCUCGUUAAAAUAGGAUCCGCACAAGGAAAAUCACUUGCCAUUCAUUGGUUAUUGGGGGCAUCCCGAAAACAUCUAGGUCGAAAUAUGGUUUUCAAAUUAAGUUCCAAAUUAGUGGAUGCUGCCAAAGGUAGUGGCGAUACCAUACGCAAAAAGGGAGAGACUCAUAGAACAGCAAAGGCAAAUAGAGCUUUUGCACAUUUUCAUUAA